CAUUAUUAUUAUUUGUAAUAUUUAUUUAAAAACUAUAAAAAGAAAAAAAACAAUCUUGGCAGCUGAAUCAUUAGGAAGAAAUACCAGAAACCUUCUCUGCUACAGAAAGAUAUCUCAUUCAUAUCAACAUGCUUCUGCAAACCACCACCUCCGCCACCGCCACCGCCACCGCCGCCGCCAUCUCAGCGGCGUUCACAUCACCAUUUCAGUACUCCGCCAAGAAUCUGAGCUCAAAUACUCCAUUAUCUCUGCCCAAAACUCUAUUCUUACCCCUUCUUGAUGGAAGAUACUAUCUGGGAAGCAAAUCAAGAAACAAUAAUGGAGCAUCUGUAAUUACACCGCGUGCCACCAUGCUCGAGACUCCGAUUUUGUGGGCCGGUCGCCUCUGCAUUUUCUAUGCUCUCUUAAAAACCGGAUUAGCUGGAUCUCCCACUAAUCCACUUCUUUCAGAUUUGGAAACUGGAGCUCCGGAUUUGGGGUUUUCAAAGUGGUUUGACAGGUUAAGCAAACCAGAGAAAGAGGCAGCCGACAGAAGAAAAUUAGUGAGCAAAUGGCAUCCUACGACAAAGGGUACACUCCGGCGACAUUACAGAAUUCAUUCUAAAUCCGAAGGUAGGCGUUUGCUUAAAGCCAUCGCAUCCUUACUGUCGGACGAUGAUCAGUUUCGAGAUGCCACUUCCCACAAGGGGUGUCAAAUUAGGAGGGAAAAUGCUCAUGGAGAAACCGUGUGUUGUAACAAUGUCCGGGCCUUGUUCGAUGAGCUCCCCACGCCACAUUUGAUUGUUGAGAUAACGCCUUUUCCUGCGGGCCCACUUGCAGAAAACGAUUACUCGAAAGCUGAGAGACUAGAAAGGGUGCUUCGUUCCGGUCCUUCUGUUUGAACUUUUUUGCUUUUUUGGCAACCCUUUUUGUAUGGAUCUUAAUAAUGCCACCUCUUAUUUGUAAAUACUAACCAUGAAUAGAGAGGAACUUGCUCGGAUUUGGCUAAAUUUCAAAUGUCUCGUAUCGAUAUUACAUG